AUGGCAGCCACCGUCGACCCGGCUACAAGGAAGCGAGUCCUGCGAGUGAUUGCUUUCUCACUUCUUCUAGACUUGAUCCCCUUUACAUUCAUCCUCCCACUCUUCCCGCGACUUCUCGAGUUCUACCGCGACCUCGAAGCUCCAGCACUCAUUGAUGGCGGCCCCCCGACCCUCCUGCAGCGCAUCAUCGGUGGCCUCAACAGCUACAAGGCGUCCUUUGCGCGACCGAUCGAAUCGCGCUAUGACAUUGUCCUGCUCGGCGGCGCAAUGGGCUCUCUGUUUUCUCUCCUCCAGGCGUUUGCAUCACCGCUGAUUGGCCGGCUCUCCGAUCGGUAUGGCCGUCGCAAAGCUCUCCUCGCCUCUAUGGCCGGCAACAUCCUCUCUGUGCUACUCUGGGUCGCUGCUGUCGACUUCCGAACUUUUAUCGCGAGCCGUGUCGUCGGCGGUCUUUCUGAAGGCAACAUCCAGCUGGCCACCGCCAUGGCAAGCGACAUUUCAGACGAGGCGUCGCGUGGCUCGACUAUGGCCAUCAUCGGCGCCUGCUUCUCAGUAGCUUUUACCUUUGGCCCCGCGUUGGGUGCCUGGCUGAGCACCGUUCCUUCCGUCAAGGCCAACCCAUUUGCGACGGCCGCUGGUGUCAGCUUAGGGCUCAUCGUGCUGGAGACAGUUUACCUGUACUUUUACUUGCCUGAGACUCUCCCCGCCAUUACAGGAAAGACGACAGCAACCGGCGGUAAAGCAAAUUCGAACGGUAACGGCACAAAAUCAACAGCUCCCAAAAAGCCUCUCGAGAGAACAAACUCACACAUUAUACUCAACGCUGUACACUUUGUCUUUUUGCUGUUCUUUUCUGGGAUGGAAAGCUCGCUGUCGUUUAUGACGUAUGAUCUCUUUGCGUUUUCAUCUGGCAACAACGGCCGGCUACUCGGCUUCAUUGGCCUCGUCGCGUCCAUCUUGCAAGGUGGCGUGACUCGGCGUCUGCCGCCGCUGACCUCUGUGCGUCUUGGCACGACGGCCUGCCUAGCUGCCUUUGUCUUGCUGGCGCGCCUCAACACCACUGGUGGCCUCUACGCCGCGGCGACCUGUCUAGCCAUCACCUCGGCCACUGUGGUCACGGGUCUGAAUGCGCUCAGCAGCUUCGAGGCUGACGAGGACGAGAGAGGCAGCAAACUGGGCAACUUGCGCAGCUGGGGUCAGCUCGGUCGCGGUCUGGGCCCGAUCCUGUUCACUAGCAUCUACUGGUGGGCAGGCAGAGAAUAUGCUUAUACGGUGGGAGCUACCGGCACAGCCGUGGUGGCGGCUGCUGCAUUUGGCGUGCUGAGAACUCCCAAGUCCUCGUUGAAGACGAGGACGAGGACGGGCAAGGGCCAAUAA